AUGGCACUCCUACCAAUAGCCGAUCCUCAGCAACGAGAGCUCCGUGAAAGAGUGGGACAGUGUCUAUGGGAAUCCUUGCGGCAAGCCUGUGGUGGCAACUUUCUGCAAGAUGACGAUGAGAGACAACAUGUCCGAGACUCGUGUCGCUCUUCCAUUUGCUUUCCCAACAAGACCAAGAAUUCCGUCGAUGGCAAGCCACAGGAUUUGGAAAUUCGAUUGGCGCUUUCCUUGUUUCAUCGAUGGAAACGACAGCAACAGCAGCACGGCAAAAGUACUACAAUAAUAAUUGUGACUUCGGACAUGGGCUUGCAACGGCAAAUUUCGUCGCCCUUGGAAUUGGCCGCUCUGUGGGUGUUGCCAUUGGAAGUUGGAUUGAGAAACGCAGGAAUUGCCCAUGACGUCCAAUGUCAUUCGUCUGGAUUGAUUGGGAUUGUGGUGGCAUCAGCAGCAAUGUCACUCGAUCGAGCAUUCCGAGCCACCUGCACGACGGAUACCAUGGCCAUGGUUCCGUACACUCCUGAAAAAAGCAUUGCCCUGCCAGUAAUGUUGCCGCGCCAAACAUCGUUGUGCCAUUCAUCCCACGACAACGACAACGACAACGACAUCGACAAUCCCCUCGAGCUCAUUCGAACCGGAAAUCUCCCAGGACUCCAACUUUUGAUUGAGAACGGCUACACCCCUGCCACUCAUGUCGAUCACCGUGGAGCAUCGCCGUUAUUGUGGGCGGCCGGGAGUGGUCAUUUGGAUAUUGUACGCUAUUUGAUUGAAACGUGUGGGUGUGAUCCCAAUCAACCGCAACAGGGCAAACGAUCCUUUGGGGGACGCACGGCAUUGCAUUGGGCCGCGCGCAAAGGCCAUUUGGCGGUUGUACAAUACUUGGUACUCGACCAACACGUCAAUGUGGAAGCAGCGACCAACGAUGGCACCACGGCGUUUGGUUGGGCCAGUUGGCAGGGUCAUUGCGCCAUUAUGGAAUUCUUGGCUCCUCAUUGCAAUAUCCACCGUGUCAACACAUUUGGAUGCAAUGCCGUGCUCUGGUGUGCACAGGGAGAACGAGGCGACGUCGAUACCAUGAAAUGGUUGCACGCUCAAGGGUGUCACAUGACGCAGGUCAAUCACAAUGAACAUGGGGUCCUGCACAAGGCCGCGCAACGAGGGCAGUUGCCAAUAUGUCAGUGGUUUUGGGAUACCACAGUCACUCCCGCCAUUCUUCUUUCACAACAAGGAGGAGGCACUAGUAACGUAUUUGACUUGUUGGGUCCGGAUACGGAGCAGUAUUGUCCUUCGGACUUGGCUGGAAUGGAGGGGCACGAAGAGUUAGCCCGAACACUGGCUCGCUGGGAGAUGGAAUGUAUUCAGAUGAUGCAGGAUACUAGUAAUGGAGUGUCCAUGAUGCCAGACUGGCUGACCAAGACGCGCGAGGGCGUCAGCAUGCGGAUGUCCAAUGACAAUGAAAUCUACACAUGGGAGCCAUUGGGAGGGGUCCGGCGAAUGAAGCGCCAAUUAUUAGAGUAA